CGAGCCCGUACAAUUGAUCGUAGCGAUAUUUACAUAUGAUUUGAUGUUUUAUUGCAAUAAAUAUCAGAAAUCUAAAGGGUUUGCAUUAUAGCCGACACUUUUCAUUCUCUUUAAAAGCUAUUGAAGUUCAGAAACCUGUUAACCUGAUAUAUUAAUGUUUGUAACUUUGGAGACGGUUCCUAAAUGUAAGAGUACAACGUCCAGUCAAAGUUAUAGCACUUUUGUUCAUCACACUGGGUACUUGAGUACAUGAGGGGUGAGGGAGGGGCUGUAGCGCGCACAUACAAGAGUCAGUAACCGGAAGUGUCCGUCCUCUAAUGUGUUCCGUGUAAAGAUGGAGUGUGUGAAUAAAGCGGGUCAGAUGAUGAGUCUCGCAGCUCUGCAGCAGUAUGAUCCCUAUAUAAUGAAACUGCUGGAUGUUACCGGACAGGUCGCGCUUUACACCUUCAACUCUAAAGCUAAUGAAUGGGAGAAGACCGAGAUUGAAGGCACCCUGUUUGUUUAUGCCAGGUCGGCAUCCCCCCAUCAUGGCUUUACAAUCAUGAAUCGGUUAAGUACUGAAAAUUUAGUGGAGCCGAUCAAUAAAGACCUGGAAUUUCAGCUCCAGGACCCGUUUCUGCUGUACCGCAAUGGAAACUUGGGUAUUUACAGUAUCUGGUUUUAUGAUAAGACUGACUGUCAGCGCAUCGCCCAGCUCAUGCUGCAGAUCGUGAAGAAGGAAGCGCUGCGAGCGCAGCAGCAGCAGCAGCAGGUGUCUCCGGACAACAGGACGAACGGUUGUGUACAGAGCAGACCUACAGAUAUACUGGAGCUGCUGAGCAAAGCCAAAGAAGAAUAUCAGAGGGUAUCGCAUCAAAGACACGCAUCGUCAAUAAAUCAUCCUUGCAUUAGUCAGUGGAUGGAAAGAGAUGAUGCUCAGAGUCAGGACAAGAGAGAGGACGUCACAGACCGUCAGGAGAUGUGUGGUCACUCCGUAGUGAAGCAGAUCACAGUAGAGGAACUUUUUGGAAGUUCUUUACCCAAAGAAACCCUCUCUAAUCCCACCCCGUCAGAAAGCACACACGCUCUGACGUUCACCCCUCGCCUCUCUGCUGACCCGGGAGGCACUGCGCUAGUCUCUCUGCUCCAGGGGGCGAGCAUCAGGGACCCCCAACACCCCAUCACCCCCAAAGCACCCGCAUUGAACGCGGAGGGAUCCUGUGGUCCGGUCAUGCGUCCGCUCCCUCCUGCGCUGGUGAAUCCGCUCACGGAUCGGGACGAGAUGCCCAGCUCAUUAGUCACCCCUCAGUCUUUCAUAGACUUGGGCUGCAAACUUCCACCGUCCUUCACAGGAAAGAGCACAGCUGCUGCGCAGAGUAAAGAGCUGAACACCCAAACUCUGGUGAAAGCCACUCCUAUGAAGGCGGUGCCAGGCGUCCAGGGGGAGGAGUGUUCGCUGCUGCUGUCCCCUAGUAUGUUCCAGCAUGGCAAGACAACAGAUCCACCCAGAAUCCCUCCGUCCCCCCCGUCGCCCACCACCUCCUUAACUCUAGCAGAUUUCCCCUCAGUACUGUGCAGUCGCACUCAGCUGCAGGAGACGCUCGUACAUCUGAUCAAGAACGACGCUCGUUUCCUCGCUGCAAUCCACGAGGCUUUGGUCCAAACCCUGACUAAAGGUGUCAACAACGGCAAGUUAUAGCCCCAACCUCCCACUCGAGCCGCCUGUGAACUUUCGUCUCUGAUGCUUGACCCUUUGUGCUCUCUAUGAACAUCAGCUUCUUCAUGAGCUUCAUUUCAUCUCAAGAACCAAUAUUUUGUGCAUUACAAAACCAUUGUAUUCAUGGACUUUGGGAUAUGAUCAUAUAUGUCAUAGAUAUUAAUCCAGGUCUAAACAUUUAUAGUGUUAUUUUUUUAGAUUGUUUGUUUUCUUUUUUGACAAGAUGAAUUGGUGAAGAACUGUUAUUUACUCUUUAAUAGCACUGGUGUGUACAGUAAUGCUUAUUGUGAGCAAAAUGAAGUGCUUUAUUUAAAGAGAUAGUGAUUACCAUAUAAGCUACUGUAGGAGCUCAUUAUGCAUUCUAACAGAAUUCUAGUCAACGGUGUAAAAAAGUCAUUUCAUAUAUCUUGUGCAACAGUUUGGUUUGUCAGACACUUUAGUUCAAUGCUACAACCGGAGAUAAAAUAGUUUUUUCUAUGCUUCAAAUACACAAGGCUAACGUACUUAAUGUAUGUGCACAAAAAAAGAAAAAACUUGCAAAAUGAAUUUAACUCAUUUUUUGUAUCAAUUUGAAGAAUAUACGGCUCAUCAUCAGCAGGGUUUCAAUGCUGCCUUAUUUUCAUUGCUGCUUCACUGUCAAGUCUUUGCAAGUGUUGGAUUCCUAUUGUGUUUGCUCAUUAUUAUUUUUAUUUUUCUGUCCUCAAAAGUGUUUUGCUGUCAGACCUGGUAGGAUGGUCCUAACAGCACCCUGUUACUCAGACACACACACACAUCUGUCAGACACCAGGAGGCGCUAUAAUUUCUGCCAAUUCAAUCCUUGUCAUAGUUUUUGCACGUAGUGAGUGCAAAUUUAUUUGUAAAUAGGUGUAAAAUAAAAACAAAAGCUUCAUUUUGAACAGAGA